CCCGCGCGGAGUCCCCGGGGGCUGGGGCGGCUGGAUGGCAAAGCGGCCCCCCCGCCCCGCCCCGCCCCGCUUCCAGGGGAUCCGGGCAGGCGGCCGGGGCUGGGGCCGGGGGGCAGCGCGCCCUUGGGAUCCGCGCCGCGGCGAGUGACAGGCUGGGCAGAGGAGGAAAUGCUUCCUGAAUGGGGCUGAAACUGCAGCCGCUGGAAUAUGCAGCCCGGGGGCCUUCCUGGCAGUGCAAACGCAGUGGGCUGCACCAAGGAGCCGAUCGCCACGUCGCGUGGGGGGGCCACGGCCGGGAGGCAUGGUGACAACUUUCAAGGUCGCCGUGCUUGGGGCUCAAGGGGUCGGGAAGAGCGCCAUCGUCCGCCAGUUCCUCUACAACGAGUUCAGCGAGGCGUGUGCGCCCACCAAGACACGGCAUGUCUACCUGCCGGCCGUGGUCAUGAACGGCCACGUGCACGACCUACAGAUCAUGGACUUCCCACCCAUCACGUCUUUCCCAGUUAACACGCUGCAGGAGUGGGCAGAUGUGUGCUGCAGGGGGCUCCGGAGUGUCCACGCCUACAUCCUAGUCUAUGACAUCUGUUGCUUUGACAGCUUUGAGUACAUCAAAACUAUUCGCCAACAGAUCCUAGAAACAAGGGUCAUCGGCACCACAGAGACCCCAAUCAUCAUUGUGGGCAACAAGCGGGAUCUGCAGAGGGGCCGAGUGAUUCCCCGCUGGAACGUCUCUAACCUAGUGAAGAAGACCUGGAAGUGCGGCUACAUCGAGUGCUCCGCCAAGUACAACUGGCACAUCCUACUGCUCUUCAGUGAGCUGCUCAAGAGCGUGGGCUGCGCCCGCUGCAAGCACGUCCACACCACCAUCCGCUUCCAGGGAGCACUGCGCAGGAACCGAUGCACCAUUAUGUGAGGCCCCUCUCUCCACCCCCUGCUCCCACAACUGCCCCCAGAGACCCUUUUGUAAAGCCGAGAGAUGGGCGCAGGAGGACGUGAGCAACUCUCUUGACAAAGGAAGCAGUGUCAGGGAGGAUGCCCAGCUCUCCUGGAUGAAGCCUCGCAGAGAGCCACCUUCAUCCCUGCCUGUCCCCAGCACAUAGAUGGCAUGGCCUGUAGAUUCAAGGAGGAGGCAUCUUGCUCCAAAUUGCAAAAGGCUGCUAGGCACCUUCCUCUCCUCCCGCCUCUGCACUAGAUCAUGGACUGGACGAUGCAGUGUCCAGCGAAGAAGGGAGGGGGCACCUUAGAGAGAGCAGGGAUGGGUGAAGUAUCACUGGUUACCACGCAGUUGGGGUGGGGGGAGGGCGCGAGUCUUCUGCCAUCCUAGAGCAAGGCAAGGCUGCUAUCAAGCUGCCAUUUGGUUAUUACCUGACGAUGACCUAGACUUGACAAGUGGCAGAUUUGUAUGGGUAGCCCUCUGUAAUGCCAACUAUCUACCACGAAGCGUGGCGUGGCAUCCCCUGCUGCCUUGGUAACCAGAGAUGUCUUCACUGCAAACAGGGAUACAAAGACCCAGUGAGCCUUAAAUCAACAGGUCCUUCGCCCUCGUGCCAGGAGAGUAACAUGGCAUCAGCGAAGCUGAAUCCUCCCUUGUUUUGCCCAUUGGAUCUGGAGCUUCUUCCCUCCAGGGACAGAGCAGCCUGAUAGCAAGAGGCAUGGCUGAAAUGGAAUUUUUUAUUUUUUUAUUUCAGGACAGAAUUUUCAGAUGGUUCCAAAAAAAAAAAAAAAAAAAAAAAAUCACUUCCCCACCCCAAAAACUAGUCGUUCCUCUCCCGUUUCCUUCCUGUGUUGUGUUUCUACAAGCUCCAAACCUUUUUUUUUUUUAAAUAUCUCAACAGCGUGAGCACAUGUCUGAGGCUUGCCUUUCUUGGCAUGUGCUUGUCGGUGUGUUCAUUCUCACAUGUGUGUGCACGAAUAGCCUCUCCCCCCCCUUCUGCUGACAAGACACCCAGGUUUGGCAGUUAGCUGUAUCAUUUUUGUUCUUCCUUUUAAAUGGAUUUUUUUCCCCCAGCUGGCAUUUUGGCACUAGUUUUAAAGCAAAAUGAUCCUGAAAUUCUAGUGUUAGGAGUCUGGCAGGGAUAGUGGAACUAUCUGACUGUACCAGAAUUGCUUGACAGGUACUGGAGUUCUACCUCUUGUUGCUGGAGCUGACCACUGUCAGUUUUGUACAGAUUUAAAAAUGAUCAUCAAUGAAACAAAACUAGACAAUGGCCUCCUUGAAGAAUAACAAAAAUACUGUCUAGCCGUGUACCUAAUGUUUGAGAAAGAUCCUACAGCUAAUAUAAACACGCUGGUUUUCAUGCUCCUCUGUGUAAAGGGGCAUAAGCAUAAAUAAGGAUCAGGACUGACCGUUUAUAAAUUGAUCUGACCCAAACGCACCUACAUCUCACUGUCAUGACAGGAGAGAUCAAUGAACUUCAGUUAGAAAUGCCCAUUUUCCACAGUUGUUUUACCAUAAUUGACCUGCUAAAUUCACCCCGACUUAAGGCUACUUUGCAAAGAUUAACUGACAUUUCAGAUGUCAAUGUCUCAGUUUAUAUGCAAGUAUGUACAGUUUCCUAAUAGGCAAGGCUAUCUCCUUAAACUGUUUAAAAGGGCUGAUUGGUAGCUGCAGUGGAUCUCAGCUUCAUUCCUUCCCACUGAAAGCAGCUUAGUCACUCACUCACUGUCACUCUCACACACAGCCAGGGGCUGUUGUAAUAGAACAACUGAAACCUGAGAGGGAGAGUUCUGUGUUCAGGCUUUACUAGAAGGAGAUGCUGUGAUACUUUAUACACUGUUAUACUUUCUGGGUUCUUCUAUUACUUUGUCCUAGACAAUACUUUCCCUAAACAUAACGCAUGUCAGAAACCCUGGUGCCAUCCAACGGCAGACUCUUGAAUUACAUUAUAUCAAGGCAGUCAAGUUGUUUAAAGAUCUGCAAAGAAAUGAGAAAUUGGGGGUGUGCCUCCCUUCACACACACUUUUUUCUUUUGGCUAAUUUAUGCUUGAUGAAAGAGGUCUGCAUUUUUUUAAUUAUUUUCUGCUUGUGUUUUAUACUUUAGAAAUAUAGGUCUUGUCUGCCCUGUUUUUCCCCUCAAAAAUUUGUUUAACUUGCUCAGACACAUGAGAAACACUUGGGAGAAAAGAUUUUUUUGGUUAAAGUUUAAGGGAGAAGGAAGCUCCCAAUCCAUACUUGAGACCAACAAGCUCUCCAGUAAAACCAGACCUACCGCUUCUAAGGUUAAAAAAUGUUGAAGCCUUCCUUCUCUAUAAUAAAACAAAAAGCCCAAUACUUUCCCACUGGUAGGUCCCAUUUCACAGUGAUGCUAUUACUAUCUUGGUGACACUUUUUAUUAAGAUGACAUUUAUAAAAAAAAUAAACUUUAAUUAAAGUUUCAUUUUUAUGACCAAAUCCCUGGAAUCUUGCUGUCAGGGUUUAUAUGAUUACCAAAGUCACUUGCUGGAAUACAAACGAUAUUGAGAGCACUUUUGCAAUGUGAGAGGCUGCGAUUUAGCGGUCUAAUUACCACCACUAAAGAGAAGAGCAUCGCUAAGUCAUUGUCCACUGUACUGAAAUUGUGGGCCGUGCACAGUUAGGUUUGCAAAAUGGAAUGCUAGAGAGAGAACUGAAACAAAUCUAUGGCUACCCAGGUACUUACACCAUAGCCACUUGGAACUUCACAGUAACUUUCCUCCUGCUUCAAAAACACAGGCCUCUAUCACUUGAGCUAAAGGCAAAUCUAGUAUCAAUAUAGGGUCUAUGAGACACAGCUGAGUCCAGCCAGUAAAGGGCGGUAGUACAUAUUCCCAGCAAUCAAUACAUUAUUCUAUGAAUAGUCAGUUGUAAAUUCUAGGCUUAUGAUUCUACUGAGAUGUUUGGAGGACUUGGUCAUGGUUUGUGACAUCAGUAGAACCUUUUGCUGGAAUUGUAAUUCUAGAAUUAACUGUUGCUUGUUAUUUAUCCUGUACGCUGCAUGUACUACAAUGUAAUAACAUGCUUUGCUACAGGUGGUUCUAAUGUCAUCUCUUUGGUAUUUAGUACUUAUUAACACGUUAUGUCCACAUUCUUGUUCUCUAGCCAGAUUUAUCCCUUAAACUUUUUUAAUAAAACUCAUUUGUAAAUGCCAAUAAUAAAGCAUUUAUAAAUGUGCUAUAAUGUAAAAAUAUCACGUAUUAAGACAAUACAUAGAUUAUUAUAACCCUGUACCCUGCAGUUUAUAACAGAAAUUGGUCUAAUAAAAGUUAUUACCUCACCCACCUUGUUUUUCUAAUAGCCUGGGACCAACACAACUACUACACUGCAAACAGUUUAUAACACACUUAGUUAUAGGUUUUAUAGCACUGAUUAAGUAUUUUGAAAAACGUUAUAAAUGUAAUUAUUAUAUUCUACAGUGAUUCAGAGAAAAUUAUAUUAGUAAUAAUAAGACAUCAUUUAUAUAGCAUUUUUCAGCUUCAGAGUGAACUACAGCUACAAACACUGAAUCCUCGCACUAGUGCGGUGGGGUGUCGUUAUUUUACAGGUGGGGAAAUAAGGUAGCAAGCUCAAGUGAUUUGCCUAAAGCAACAGAAAGAGCUAGUGGCAGAAAUGGAAUUCAAAUUGAGGAAUUCCAGGCUUCCAAGGCCAUGCUCAGAUCCCCAGGCAAUAUUGGUUGGUGUCAGCACUGGGCUGUGAAGCCACAAAACAGGAGGGAGAAGAUGACAAGCACAAUAGCAUUUAUAACUAAGCUCUUAAUAAAUAUUGUAAUAAUCACAUAAUUAUUUAUGAAUUAACCUAUUUCUAAAAAUACCCUUAAUACAAAGUGUUACCGUUCUCUUUCUUUAAACAAGGUUCUAAGAAGGAACAUUUCCCCAUAUAUAUUUUUACACACACAACUGUGCUUCCUUGGCAGGAAAAUUGUUCUCAAAUCUUCCUGGUGAGCGUCUUCCCUGGGAGGGCUCGGAAGAGAGCCACAUUUCUCUCUGCACUGUGUACCUGUUAUUCAUUGUUCUACAUUGGAGGAAUAUACAGACAGUGACUUGAAAGCCUCUAAUUAGGAGUCUCUCCUUAUUCCCUCCCAUCUCUGCCCCCAGAUGUUCUUCAUCUGAUCUGUUUAGUUUGGGGGUUUCUUGGACUUGGUUGUCCACUUCCCGUUGGAUUUCUUGUUGGAGAUUCCCAGUGUCUGUAAAGCCUGUAACACACUACAACCCCAUUGAAAUCAGAUUAAAAUCAGGUGCAUUUCCCCUUCUUCUGUACCUACUUCUCUGUCGUUUUCCUGCGAUGUCUGAUUGCUUUCUUAUAUCCACACUCCUCACCAUCACCAAGUGACCAGCAUGAGCAGCUCUGCUUCUAGAAAUGGAGGAAUUGCCAAAGUCCAGCUAGUCUAAUAUCCUAUCUCUGACAGUGGCCAGCACCAGUUGCUUCUGAAGAAGAUGCAUAAACCCCGCAGUAGCAGAUGUGGGAUAAUCUGCCCCUCCACCCACCUUGCAUUAGCUCUGAUCCUGGUCUCUACUAGUUGAGGUUGGCUUAAGUCCUGAUACAUGAGGUUUAAUAUCCCUCCCCACAUUUUGUGUGUCAUUAAUUAUGUUAACUCUGGCUAGUUUGAUACCCUUAUAAAGAUCCAAUCAACUUCUCAUGAACUUUCCAAAACCCAGCAACUUCCAACAGCUUUGUGUUUCUUUUAAAUAAUCUCAAUCUCAGCAAUUUCUUACUAAAUCAAAUUAAUUAUAUUGGUGGUUUUUUUCCUUUUGACCAGUAAUCAAUCUAAUGUUGAAUCCACCAGGUUAGAUUUAAAAAUAAAGCACAGAUCUUUUA